AUUCUUCCGCGCUGCCUGAUGUCACCACCGGUGCGUUCAGGAAAAAGUUGUCACUUCGACGACUUCCUUACGACACAAGUUUAUUUUCUGGUUUCUUUCUAAACGGUGUUCACACCACGAUGAACGGCUCGUCUUUCAACACUUCGUUCUUUCCAACGUAUUUCUGGUCCGACUGUCAUCCUUACGACGGUGAAUCUGGAGGACCGUCUGCGGGCCUUGUCGUUCUCCUUGUCACCGACGUGGUUGAAUUCGUCGCUGGCCUCCCAUCAAACCUCUGGCUCGCCUGGUUCAUUCUCCAGAGAAGGUCCAAGGCUGACGGUAUCCUAACUGCGGACUUGUUCCCGUUCUCCUUGGCCCUCGUCAAAGUUCCCUUCUACGUGAUGGUGCCUGUGAUAUUGGCUAAUCACUUGCUCUGGCGGAAUGCUUGGAUAAUGGCCACGACGACAUUCUUCUCCUCUUCAUUGAUCACCCUGAAGCCGCUGCUCAUGUGUCUGGUGUGUGUGGAGAGAUACUUGGCUGUGGUCCGACCGCUGGACUUUCUACGGUUCAAGGCCUUUAAGUACAAAUGGAGAGCUCUUGUCCUUCUGUUCUGCUUAAACAUCUGCCUUGGCGUCUUCGCUGCUUUUUACAACUCCAUUGUGGCACUGUGUAUGAUUUUCCUCCCCGUCCUGGCCGUGGACACCUACUGCUGUGUCGCCGUGCUCAACGCCUUAAGAAAAAGUCCACCGGGAGACAGACAGGAAGUGGGCAACGAGAAGAAGGGUGAUGUGGCGGGAAAUCGAGAGAUGCACGGCAAAAAGAGGAAAGCUGUCAUUACCAUCCUCCUCGUCCAGGUCACACUCAUGGUCAAUUACGUGCCCCUCAUUGUCACCGCUCCGAUACAAGGCCUGGUCCCCGCUCGGGUCUUCAAGUGUCAGUAUAUGGCCAUGGCUUUAGCUGCGGCCCUCGGCUGCGGUUAUCUGUAUCCGCUCUUCUACCUGUACAAUAACAUGAGACACCAGAAGAACACAAAGAGCAAAAUAUGACCAUCUCCGCCCGACCAUCAAUCGGUGUACUUUUUCCAUUCGGGUUUGUGUUUAGUUGUUUGAAGAUUGCAUUGUUUCUGUCUGUGCUGAUUUUAGUCCAUGUGUGUAAAAGUGCUAUUGAAAUGUUCUUUGAAUGUGUGCUUACUUCAGUGAUUCCUGUUCACAUGGGCA